UGGAAUCGAUCACGCUCUUCAAAAGAAAGGAGCACCGUUUCUGCAUGAUUUUGAACAAUAAAUCUUCCCUUUCCAGAAGGAAUUCACCAAAAUUUCUACAACAAUGGAGAUUUUCGUAGUCACACUGGGACAUGAAUUCGCCAUAGAAAUAAGCAAUCAAGAACGAGUUCUUGAAAUCAAGAGAAAAAUCCAACAGUUCAUCGGCAUCCCCAUCCAAUCCCAGACUCUCUCUGUUUACGGUUGCGAAUUAGUCGACGGACUCGACAUGGAGGAUUAUCAAUUCAUCUCAGAAGGUUCGCGAAUCGAUCUCUCAAUCGACCAGGUCACCGCACCGCCAAACAACUUUCCGAUCUCCGUCGAAUUCUCCGGCCGACAAAUAAACAUCGACAUCGACAAAACAGAGACGGUUCACAGUUUAAAGCAGAAAAUCCAGAUAAUCUACGGCACACCGAUUCAAUCAAUGUCUUUAUUUCACUCCGGCGUGGAAUUAGUUGAAGAUUACCGGAAUCUGAGCGAUUUCGGAAUCGGUGAAUCUUCGGAAGUGACCGUGUUUCUUAAAACAAUGAGUCGUUUGAGCGAUUGUCCAUGGAGGAAGGUAAGUUUCGUGGUGAAGACGUCCUCGAGCUUGCUUAAUGCAGCGUGUAUUCCGAUGGAAAUGAAGGAUUCGAGCACCGUCGGCGACGUCAGAGAAUUGCUUUUGGCCGGAAAAAUUCUUCCCGACGACGAUUACCUGUUUAUCCACAAACAGAGGAUUAUGAGAGAUAAGUGUAGUUUAAGAUGGCAUGGAGUUCAAAACGGCGAUUUUCUCUACGUUUUUAAAGGCACCGUUAGCUGUGGUGAAUUCUGA